CAAAACCAAAUCUUAGCAGGAAUCUAAGUCGAUUUUCUCCUAUAAAUAUAGAUUUGGUUUUUGAUUUCUUCCAUCGAAUCAUUUAUUAAUUUUUUUUUUUUGUUAAAAAACCUUUCAUAAUAUCUAGAUCAUCAUCUUCCCUUGCUCAAAACAACAAGGAUGUCUAUUGCAAAGGUCUUUCAGAGAGUUGACAAAAACAAAGAUGGGAAAAUCUCAUGGGACGAAUUUGCAGAAGCAAUACGCGCUUUUACUCCUUCAGUAACAUCUGGAGAACUUGAAAAUAUGUUUGGAAUGCUUGACGUGGAUGGUGAUGGUCAAAUUGACAUGGAGGAAUUUGUUUCGGGUUUGGCGCUAGAAAAAUAUAAUGAAGAAACUGUUCUGAAAAAAGCUUUUGAUAUGCAUGAUAUAGAUGGUGACGGGAAGAUAUCGGCGAGUGAGAUUCAUUUUGUGUUGAACCGUCUAGGAGAAAACCGUACAAAGGAAGAAUGUGUUGUGAUGGUUCAAACUUUUGAUGCAGACGGUGAUGGCUUUGUGGACUUUGAAGAGUUUAUAGCUAUGAUGUUUUUUAACUAACAAUAUAUAAUAAGUCAAUAUGAUCAUGUUUAACUAUUUAUGAAUUUGGUUUGGAUUUGUUUUGAUCUCUUUCUAACAAUAUG